AUGGCAAGCAGUCAGUUAAGUGGCCAACAGGGCCGAGGACAACGGGGACGGGGAUUUGGAGGCAGAUCAGGAGUCACUGUACCAUCUUCAACUGACCCUUCCAUUCAACAACCUAAUCCAGAAUUUGAGAAUUGGUUUCGCAAAGACCAGAUGCUUCUUUCCUGGUUACUUUCUUCUCUCACAGAGGAGAUUUAUCCAUAUAUUAUUGGCCUUACUUCUUCCAAAGCUGUAUGGGAUGCUCUUGCUAAUGCCUUCAGAGCAGAAUUAAAGAAACAUGAUCUUUCUGUUUCUCAAUUUUUACAAAAGGCUAAAGCUCUAUCAGAUGAGCUUAGCGCUGCUGGACGUCCAAUUUCCCAAGCAGAAUUUAAUGCAAUUAUCUAUCGCAAUAUUGGGUCAGAAUACCAUGGCUUAAUCGCAGCACUCAAUCUGUGCUCUGAACCCAUGUCUUUUAAUGAGCUUUAUGGUCAAUUAGUGGCUCAUGAAAUUCUUCUAAAAGGAUCACUAGACCCGGUUGCUAAUCUGGUGUUAAAAGGUAAUUCACCUACUCCUGUCAAUCAGUUUCAAUCUAAUAAUUCUACUUUUACACCACAGCAACGACAGAGCAACAACAAUUCUGGCAGACGUCGUCAAUGUGGCCCAUGUCAAAUCUGCGGAUUGUCCAAUCAUUCUGCUAUUACUUGA